AUGGCUGAAACUAAAUCCUCCGCCGUCUUUCUUCCUCUCCUAGUGACGCUUGCCACUUUAGUACUGUUGGCAUUAUCGUCCUUGGCCGCUGCAGAAUCCCAGGACACCUCCUUCGCCACAAAGAAGCUGCCUAUGACGAAGAAGAAAGAAAAGCUAACCCACCUCCACUUCUACUGGUCCAACUUCCAACGUGCGCCCACGGCCGUGAGCGUCGCCCCGAUCCUCAACAACGCCACUUUCUACGGCGCCGUGACCAUCAACGACGAUACGCUGACGUUGGGCCCGGACCCAGAUAAUUCGACGUCCGUGGGGAAAGCCCGUGGGCUUUACCAUUUCCCUUCGAACACGACCAGCUUCGUCUACGAGAUGAUAUACAGCUUCGCCUUCACUUACGGAGACUACAACGGCAGCUCCCUCUCCCUUUUGGCCCUAAUCCCAGCAUGA